AUGAAGAUGCUCACCAAGUUCGAGUCCAAGCUGUCGCGGGCCAAAGGCGUGGCGUUCCACCCGAAGCGCCCGUGGGUGCUCGUGGCCUUGCACCUGUCCACGAUCCAGCUCUGGGACUACCGUAUGGGCACGUUGAUCCACCGCUUCGAGGACCACGAGGGCCCCGUCCGCAGCGUCAGCUUCCACCCCACACAGCCGCUCUUUGUGUCCGGCUCGGACGACUACACCAUCAAGGUGUGGUCGCUCACGGCGCGCAAGUGUCUCUUCACGUUGAGCGGCCACUUGGACUACUUGCGGGGCGUGUCCUUCCACCACGAGUUGCCGUGGGUGUUGUCGUGCUCGGACGACCAGACCAUCCGCAUCUGGAACUGGCAGAACCGCCAGGAAAUCGCGUGCUUGACGGGCCACAACCACUACGUGACGCUGGCGCAGUUCCACCCGUGCGACGACUUGAUAGUGUCCGCGUCCUUGGACCAGACCGUGCGCGUGUGGGACAUCUUUGGCUUGCGCAAAAAGCAUCUGGCGCCCGCGGCCGCCGCGCACCCGUUCGAGGACCAGAUGCUGCGCAAGCCCGUGCCGCAGCAGGACAUCUUCGGCAACGUCAACGCCGUGGUCAAGUUCGUGUUGGAGGGCCACGACAAGGGCGUCAACUCCGCGGCGUUCCACCCGUCCUUGCCGCUCAUCGUGUCCGCGGGCGACGACCGCUUGGUCAAGAUGUGGCGCAUGAACGACACCAAGGCCUGGGAGGUGGACACGUGCCGCGGCCACACCGGCAACGUGCUUUCCGCAGUGUUCCACCCGCACCAGGACUUGAUUCUCUCGGUCUCCGACGACAAGACCAUCCGCGUGUGGGACUUGAACAAGCGCACCGCGGUCAAGCAGUUCCGCCGCGAGAACGACCGCUUCUGGUUGGUGGCCUCGCACCCGACCAUCAACUUGUUCGCCACGUGCCACGACAGCGGCAUCAUGGUGUUCAAGUUGGAGCGCGAGCGGCCCGCGCACACCGUGUUCCUGAACACCUUGUACUUCGUCAACAGCGAGAAGCAGGUGCAGACCUUCGACUACCACAAGGACGAGGCCUCGUUGCCCAUGUUGUCCUUGAAGAAGAUCGGCAAGACCUGGGCCUUGAUGAGAACCGUGUCCUACAACCAGUCCGACAACUCGUUGUUGGUGACCCACGGCGAGGGCGACAACGCCAUGUACGCCUUGGUGUCCUUGCCCAAGCACGUGACCGGCGCCAUCGAGCCCACCGACGUGCGCCUGGGCGAGGGCUGUUUCGCGUGCUUCAUCUCGCGCAACAGGUUCGUCACCUUCGUCAAGGCCUCCAAGGUCUUGUACGUCAAGGACAUGGCCAACAACGUCACCAAGACCAUCCAGUUGGACGCCUCCGUCGUCGACGUGUUGUACGGCGGCGCCGGCCGCGUGUUGUUGGUGAAGGCCCACUCCGUGGUCAACUACGACGUCCAGCAACGGAAGGAGUUGGGCGAGUUGAGCGUCAACAACGUCAAGUACGUGUCGUGGUCGCCCGACGGGCUGCACUUGGCUUUGUUGGCCAAGCACACCAUCACCAUUGCCACCAAGGACUUGGCCUUGGUCACCUCCAUGCACGAGACCAUCCGCGUCAAGAGUGCUGCCUGGGACGACUCGGGCGUCUUGUUGUACUCCACUUUGAACCACAUCAAGUACACCUUGUUGAACGGCGACAACGGAAUCAUCAAGACCUUGGAGAACACCAUGUACAUCACCCGGGUCUCCGGCUCCAAGGUCUACUGCUUGAACAGAGCUGGCCAGGUUGAGAUCUUGCCAAUUGAUCCUGCUGAGUACAGGUUCAAGAAGUCGUUGGUCAACAAAAACUUCAACGAAGUGUUGCGUAUCAUCCAGACCUCCAACUUGGUGGGCCAGAGCAUCAUUGCUUACUUGCAAAAGAAGGGCUACCCUGAAGUGGCCUUGCAAUUCGUUCAGGACCCCGAAUCCAGAUUCGACUUGGCGUUGGAAUGCGGUGACUUGGUCAUCGCCGAGACCGAGGCGAACAAAUUGAAGAACAAUGCCAAGUGGGAGAGGUUGGGCCACGAGGCCUUGCUUCAAGGAAACGUGGAGGUUGUCGAGAGAGUCUACCAGCAAUUGGAGGAGUUUGACAAGUUGUCUUUCCUUUACUUGUACAAGGGCGACAAAGAGAGAUUAGACAAAAUGUCAUUGAUUGCAAAUGCCCGCUCGAGCGUGUCUGCCCUUGUGCAAAACACCUUGUAUAACAACGAUGUCGUGGCAAGAAUCGAUGCAUACUUGAAGGUCGGCAUGUUUCCUUUGGCUUAUACCUUGGCUGCCUCCAACGGUAUGAAUGAAAGGGCCAACCAGAUUUUGGAAGCCGCAGGAAUAAACGCUAGUGACAUCCAAUUGCCCGAGUUGGAAGCCCCAGUGCAAUUUGCCUACCCUGAGGGCGAAGUUGCCAAGAACUGGCCCAUCGGCGAAGGGAAGUUGUCCUUCUUCGAAAGUGCUUUGGUCACCGGGAAAGUUGAUGACUUGAGCAUCGAGGACGAGCCUGAACCAGCGACUGCUCCAUUUACCAGCACUAAUGCCUUUGAAGUCAAUGACGCUGCGUUUGAUGACGAAAUCGAGGAAGACGACGGCGGAUGGGACAUGGAGGAUGAGGAUCUCGACAUUCCCGAUGAAUUUGAAGACAUUGAAGAUGCAGAAGACGCAACUCCACUUUCUACCAAGACCGAGGACGGUGCCAACGGUGAAAUCGCCUUCUGGCUUCGUAACAACAAGACUGCAGCUGGUUAUGUGGCAGCAGGUGCGUUCGAACAGGCAGCUACCUUGUUGAACAAGCAGCUUGCAGUUGUGAAUUUCAGUCCUUUGCGAAAGAGAUUUUUGGAAGUGUACACUAGCAACAAAUUGUACUUGCCUGGUGUGGAGGAUUUGCCAGCAAUGAAGGACUACAUCAGGGAGCACAACGACGAAGAUGACCCAAAGAAAUUCAGACCAUUCAUUCCCGGGUACGAUUCUUUGGAGGAGAAGUUGAGCAAUGCUUUCAAGCUUUUCAAAACCAAUAACUUGCCCGAGGCGAUAAAUGUGUUCAGAGACAUUAUCUACACCAUAGCUGUGAUGACUGUGGAUGAUGAGGAGCAAGAGGCUAAAUGCGACGACAUUUUGAUUUUGUGCAGAGAGUAUAUCUUGGGCUUGUCGAUCGAGUUGGAGCGCCGUGCCCUCGAUCCAUCAGACGUGAAGCGCAACCUCGAACUAGCCGCAUACUUCACCAGGGCAAAGCUUCAGAACGCGCACCGUGUAAAUGCCUUACAAGUCGCCAUGCUGCAAUCGUUCAAGAACAAGAACUACACUAGCGCAUCCUAUUUUGCAGGAGAGCUUUUGUCUAUUAUUUCCACUGGAGCUAAAGCGGAACAGGCGCAGAAAAUCCGUGCUAGAGCCGAGUCGAUCUCGAGCGAGGCGCACGAAAUUGACUUCGACCCUUACGCAGAGUUUGACAUUUGCUGCGCAUCGUUCACGCCCAUUUACAAUGGCACCGGUGUUGUCAGCGAGGCAUUGGUGGGUGCCAAGUACAAGCUGGAAUACAAGGGCCAGGUGUGCCGUAUUACAAACGUGACCAGAAUAGGCGCUCCGGCCUCGGGCUUGCGCAUCAAAGCGUGA